UUUUAAUUUCCUUCCCUCAUUUGAGCCAGUUGCAUGCCUAACCCGCCUUGCGACUGUGGUGGUAAAUUGGUUUAAUUUCCCGAGUGCGGAGUACGAAUAGCUUCGAUUGACGUUGUCUUGUUCGUUCUCCGGUGAGACGUUUGUAGGGGAGAGAGGUAACUUGGAUGUCAGAGUCGAGGAGCGAGGACAUCUGCCAAGGCAAAAAGGUUUCUUCAACAUUAUCUUUUUGGCAUCUCAGAGAUCCUUGCUCAGUUUUUGAAAUUAACGGACUCUGAUCUUCUAACGAUUGCUGUCAAAGGCUUGCGUCAAGGAGCAACAAAUUAAACCCCUUACCGAAUCCGCGGGGCAGGAGUCUUCGAUGCUGGCUUGCAUAGCGUGCACCAAACACGAGCCUGAAGAUGUCGCAGACGGCUCUGCCGCGCGGCCGUCCCCUGCCAAGGACACGGUCAAGAGCCUCACAUCUCAGUUGAAGGACAUGGUGCUAAAGUUUUCGGGCACGCAUCGCCAUUGUAAAGGUAGAAGCACGGAUUUUGCUAAACACACACGAAGGUUUCACCAUAGUCCCGACCAUGGGGAGAGAGAUGGACUAUCCUGUAUUGACGGUGGCAGUCGCGGAUACGACUAUCUCCGCGCCGAAGCCAGCUCGAGCUCAGUGUCUGUGUGUGGCUUAUCUUCCAGUUACAAUGUGCUGGCGGAGGAGGGAGAGUUUGCAGUGGAGGAAGAAGAAGGCGAGGUGAGGGAGUGGACGGCACAGGUUGAUCCCGGCGUCCAGAUCACCUUCGUCUCCCUCCCGGGCGGCGCGGGCAAUGACCUCAAGCGGAUCCGCUUCAACCGAGAGAUGUUUGACAAAUGGCAGGCGCAGAGAUGGUGGGGAGAGAACUACGACCGGGUCGUGCAGCUAUACAAUGUCCGUCGGUUUAGCCGCCAGGCCUUCCCUACUCCUCCAUGCAGGUCCGACGAAGCCGAGCUGGUGGUACAACACGAUCACCAAUGGCUCGGGAGUCAAGAUGGCCUUAUCAGAAACACGAAUGGCCUACCACCGCCUAUUGCUGGGUCUGUUCAUGGUGGGAUAUCGAUGGGGCUUAAAGGAGGAGGAGGAGGGGGAGGACCUUACCACUCUCCGCCAGUGCCGGACCCUUCCCAGCAUCUCCUCCUUUCGCAUUAUUUCAACCCCGCCUACGGCGCCGCUGUCACUACCGGCGUCGUCACGGGCGUAAAGGGAGAAAGUUCGUCGAUCGACGCAUCUAGAACCACCACGUCGUCCAGAGAUGAGGUCGCCUCCGUCUCCAUCAGUAACGCUAGCGAUUUGGACGUGACCGAAUGGGUGGAGCAAGUGGAGCCUGGAGUGUGCAUUACCCUCCGGGAAUUGUCCGAUGGCACUCGAGAGCUUCGCCGCGUCAGAUUCAGUCGAGAGAAGUUCGGGGAGAUGCGUGCAAAAAUUUGGUGGGAAGAAAACAUAGAAAGGAUACAAGCCCAAUUCCUUUGACAAUUAUAUUGCGCAUCUGACAGUGAAGCGUGCAGGAGAAAACGACACGCGUUGCAUCCGGUAGCUGCUAGUCCUGGUCUCCCUCAAUUUUGACGUUAAUCUGCCUUUCCUCUGCUACCAUGAAAUACAAUCUCAUUAUAUCAGCGAAGCUUGUUUGGCGUCCGACGUGACCGCCAACUUUGUAUCAUUUACUUUUCUUUAAAGCGGUGUCGUAUAUUAUUGUAACUAACUCACCGAUCUGCUUGUGAGACUGACCUUGCUGAAUGACGAGCACCCAUGUUUCCACACAACUUGUGAAGUCGUUGUGCCCGGCCUGUCUCUUUGAUGCAAAUUCACCUGGCAGCUGAAAGAAUGCAAAUGCUUUCAUCCUUUUUAAAUAUAAUCCCAUCAGCCAUGCAAAAUUCAUGCUUCCAAAA